UAUUGCGAAGCGGCGGAGGCUGAAUUGCCUUAGCACCCCUGUCAGACGUCUAUGCUGCAUGUGGUGCCGGACGGAAAUGAGCGCUCGGCUUUGAUCACCCGAUGCUGACAGGUCUAGCGCCAAGCUAUGCCUCGAGUCCACGUCGUGGAAUUUUUCGAUGACACCAGCCCCAAUCUGUAAGUACCUUGACGAGAGCAUGGAACCGCCGAGCUCCAAGGAGACGCCACCCGAGAAGUCAAAGAAGCCCCAGCACGUCACCAUAGCUGCCAAACCCCAGCCAGCAACCCAGUCGUCCAUAAGGAUCCACGGGUUCUCGGAUAUUGCCCGCAAGAACAGAGCCAACGAGGAAGAUGGCCAGGCGUACUAUGCUGGCGGCUCAGAGCGGAGUGGCCAGCAGAUUAUCGGGCCAAGCAGGAAAGCGAACAGCAAGGAGAACUUUGUCGUCGAGAUGUUCAAGGCCGCCAAGAAGAACGGCGCUCAAGUCAUAGAACCGGGAGUGGAUGACGGGGCCCGUAAAUCGCCGAGCGCCGGUGGGAGUUUGUUCUCGGGAAGUGGCUACAAGCUGGGCGACGCUACGACGGGCAGUGAGAGUGGGGCAUCUUUAGCCCCGCCGGUCGACUCCGCUCAGCAGCAGCCUUCUGUCUCGCGGGUGAUCAAGAUGUGGGAGGAUGGCUUCAGCAUCGACGAUGGGCCGCUGCUCUCCUACGACAGUGCAAGCACCCAGCAAUUUCUCCAGGCUAUGCGCCAAGGGGAGAUCCCUGCGGAGCUAUUGCAGGAGGCAGACGGGGCUGAGUUGAGCCUUAUCAUGGAGGACCACCGGCACGAGCAAUUCGUGGUACCCCAACGGGCCAAGGUGAUGGCCUUUGAGGGCACGGGUCACCGGCUCGGCGCGGUAACUCCGACACUAAGCCGCCGAUCAUCGGCGACUAUACCGCCGCUGGAACACUUAGAGGCAAACGCCAAGAAGGCGAUAAAGCUGAACGAGUCUCUGCCUACGACCAACGUACAGAUUCGCCUCUCCGAUGGCUCGAGGUUGGUUGCUCAUAUGAAUCAGACCAACACUGUGGCCGACAUCCGCAAGUAUAUCGUGAUCGCCAGGCCUGAGUACGAGGCAGCGACUUUCGCCUUGAUGACAACGUUCCCGUGCAAGGAACUGACGGACGAAAAGGCAACGUUGAAAGAGGCGAACCUGCUGAACGUCGUCAUCGUGCAGCGCCUGACGUGACGAUUGCGACCGGUGUCAUUGACGGAAAUACAUGCACAGCCACGCCUCUGCUCACAAUCUGGGACAACGAGAAAGAACCAGAGGGAAAAUAAAGAACUCCGUUAGUUCAACGA